UUUAUCAAUGGCAGUUGAUCGAAGACAACUAAUUCAGGUUGUAUAUAAUAAAUGAGGCACAAGGAAACCUAACAUCAAAUAUUUUGAUCAAAGACUCAACUAAUUAAGGUUGUAUAUAACAAAUAAGACACAAGAAAACGCAACAUCAAAUCGAUUGCCUUUGGUGUUCUCAAACAGUGACUUCUUACUGUCAUUCAUUGGGACUGGAACUGUUUGUCCACUAUCAUGCUCCGUAGCCGCUGGGUUAACAGUACUGAGUAUGUGCACUUAUACCCUAUGGGUGGACUCAUUUAUCCCCAUAUUUUUACAGUGAUUCUAACAUAAAUGAUAGAAGUUGAUUACAAAUCGUUCUUGUUGUAAUGGGAGGCAAACCCAAUGGCAAAAAGAAGAGCAAAGCCAAGAGGAACGAUCCGUGCUCUAACGGGGGCUCUGGACUGGCAGGUCUGUCACCUCAAGAUUGAAUGAAGCUGAAGAUGCAGGAGAAAGCCAAGAAAAAAACUGCUGUAUAUAUACUGUAUAACAACUAUUGGGGAAGACUGAGGAGGGUAUGGACAGUUUGGAGUUUGAGAUGGGGGGAGGUUCUGACAGCGAGCCUGACAACCUCCUUACCCUUGACCUGCUAGGACACAUCCACUCUGAACUGGGAAACACAGAGAGGGCUAAGGAAGUGUUUCUGCGUGCGGUGCAGUUGAGUCCUGAUGAAGGUCAUAGUAAAUACAUGUCUCUAGGGCAGAUACACACAGGCCAGGAGGCUGUGCAAUACUACCUCAAAGGAAUACAGAUACUACGGUGUAUGCUGGAGAAACAUGCACAAGCCACAGCAGGAGCAGGAGCUGAGGCAGCAGCCUUCCCACUCCAGGACUCGGGGUCAGAGAUCCUGACAGCCAGAGACGUGUGUGUGGCCUACUGUUCUGUGGCAGAGAUCUACUUCACUGACCUCUGUAUGGAGGAUAGGGCAGGAGAUCAGUGUCGAGAGGCCAUAGAGAGAGCGCUGACCUAUCACCCUGACAACCCAGAGGCUCUACAGCUGAUGGCCAGCUACCUGUUCAGUACAGAGAAGAACCAGGAGGGGAGGGAGUACCUGAUGAGGAGUGUGGAUGCGUGGCUACCUACCCUGAAACAGAGUGACGCUCCACCCAGCAGAGAGGACAUAGAGGAGGAACACACACAGAGUGACUUCCCACCAUAUGAAUCCCGCAUCACCACGGCCAAACUCCUCAUAGAGGCAGAAGAGUACGAGAUAGGAAUAUAUGUGUGUAGGAUGAGUUUCCUCUUUGAAAAGGCCAGUGCUCUGUAUUCUUUAUCUUUGCCAGAGAUCAUCUUCAAUAAUAGAGGAGUGGUCUUUACCCAGAGAGCGAGGUAAAUGGAGGGAGGAACGGAGAUAAGAGGAUAGAGGGCUUUAGAAAUGAUCUGGAGGGAGAGGGGUGGAGAGGUGUUUGUGUCUGACACAUUGUUUGUCUUCAUCCUCCUGCAUGUGGCAGCAAGCCACACACACACACACACACACACACACACACACACACACUACAGUGUGCACUACUCAGUGCAUCUAUUGAGGAAUCAGACACAAUUGAGGAGGAGGAGAUGAGGAUGAAGAUGGCUGUGAGCUUGGAAACAUUCACCACGAUAACAACAAUAUGGAAGCAGCAGAUAACUGGAGAACAGGAGAUGCCUGACAAGAUAACUCAGAGCUAGAAUAACAGACUAUUUUAGUCUUCUAUUGUUAAAAGUUUCUACACAGCAGUGGUAAAAACCCAGAGGCAAGUCAUUAACAUUGCAGUUUUCAUACAACAACAACACACACAUCGGAAUCGAAUAGGGAAUCCGUUGUUAAACAGCGGACAAGAAGCAUUUGACCCAAGUACAGCAGAGAGGGAACAAGGGAGAAAAAGACUGUGGUUACAACCAGGGUCAAAUAUAAUUGGCUAUGAAUACGGAUUUCUCACCCCUGUUCCACCCCUCUGUAAACUUCUUUCUCAUAACUAUGUUCUGCACGUGUUAUUUUACACAUUCAAGUUUUUCUUUUUACUCUAUGCUUUACUCACCCUCUUCUGAACCGUAAACCAAUAUGAUAUUUCUGAACAGCUGAAAUAAAAACUCAGUGGUGAUUUGAACGAACAUUCCAAAAAUACACUAUAUAUACAAAAGUAUGUGGAGACCUUCCAAUUAGUGGAUUUGGCUAUAUCAGCUACACACGUUGCUGACAGGUGUAUAAAAUCGAGCACACAGGCAUGCAAUUUCCAUAGACAAACAUUGGCAGUACAAUCGCCUUACUGAAGAGCUCAGUGACUUUCAACGUGGCACCGUCAUAGGAUGUCACCUUUCCAACAAGUUCAGCUCUAGGCCCCUUAGUUCCAUUGAAGGGAAAUGUUAAUUCUACAGCAUACAAUGACAUUCUAGACGAUUCUGUGCUUCCAAAUUUCUCUUCAGCAUGACAAUGCCCCAGUGCAGAAAGCAAGGUCCAUACAGAAAUGGUUUGUCGAGAUAGGUGUGGAAGAACUUGACUGGCCUGCACAGAGCCCUGACCUCAACCCCAUCUAACACCAUUGACAUGAAUUGGAACUCAGACUGUGAUCCAGGCUUAAUCGCCAACAGUGCCCAACCUCAGUAAUGCUCUUGUGGUUGAAUGGAAGCUAGUCUCAGUAGCAAUGUUCCAACAUCUAGUGCUAAGCCUUCCCAGAAGAAAGGGGGAACCAACUCCAUAUUAAUGCCCAUGAUUUUGGAAUGAGAUGUUUGAAGAGCACGUGUCCACAUACUUUUGGUCAUGUGGUUUGUAUAUAUACUGAACAAAAAUAUAAACGCAACAUUCAACAAUUUAAAAGAUUUUGCUGAGUUACAGUUCAAAUAAUGAAAUCAGUCAUUCAUCUAUGGAUUUUACAUGACUGGGCAGGGGUGCAGCCAUGGGUGGGUCUGGGAGGGUAUAGGCCCACCCACUUGGGAGCCAUGUACACCCACUGUAGAGCCAGGCCAAAACAUCCAAAAUGACAUUGGAGGUGGCUUAUGGUAGAGAAACUAACAUUAAAUUAUCUGGAAAUAGCUCUGGUGGGCAUUCCUGCAGUCAGCAUGACAAUUGCAAGCUCUGUGGCAUUGUGUUGCGUGACAAAACAUCACAUUUUAGUGACCUUUUAUUGUCCCCAGCACUGUGUUAUCAUGCUGUUUAAUCAGCUUCUUGAUAUGCCACACCUGCCAGGUUGAUGGAUUAUCUUGACAAAGGAUAAAAGGCUCACAAGAAGGAUGUAAACAAAUUUGUGCACAAAAUUCGAGAGAAAUAAGCUUUUGUGAAGGGUUGGAAUAUUUAAUGGGAUCUUUUAUUUCCAUCACUACAUGUUGCGCUACUAUUUUUGUUAAGUGCAUAUGAAGGCUAGGCCUGUUUGUUUUAUCAUAUAUCACCAUAGCACAAGUAAGAUGCAGUCUACACAUUGCAUUGGAGCGAUGUUAAAGGCCCAGUGCAGUCAAACUGAUUUUUCUGUUUUUUAUAUACACUGGGCCAGUUUAUUAGGUACACCCAUCUAGUACUGAGUUGAAUCCUCCUUUGUCUCCAGAACAGCCUGAAUUCUUUGGGGCAUGAAAAUGUUGCUCAAUUGGUAUCAAGGGACUUGACAUUCCCCACACCAUUACACCACCACCACCAGCCAGUACUGUUCACACUAGGCACAAUUGGGCCAUGGACUCUUCAGUUGUCCAGUGUUGGUGAUCGCGUGCCCACUGGUGCCUCUUGUUUUUAGCUGAUGGGAGUGGAACCCGGUGUGGUCGUCUGCUGCAAUAGCCAAUCCAUGACAAGGACCUACGAGUUGUGCAUUCGGAGAUGCCGUUCUGCACACCACGGUUGUACUGCGCCAUUAUUUGCCUGUUUGUGGCCCGCCUGUUAGCUUGCACGAUUCUAGCCAUUCUCCUUCAACCUCUCAUCAAUGAGCUGUUUUCGCCCACAGGACUGCCCCUGAAAGAAUGUUUUUAAUUAUUUUUUUUUUGUCGCACCUUUCUCUGUAAACUGUAGACACUAUCGUGUGUGAAAAGCCCAGGAGGCUGGCCGUUUCCGAGAUCCUGGAACCAGAGCGCCUGGCACAGACCAUCAAACCACACUCAAUCAUUUGCGUCACUCAUUUUGCCCAUUCUAACGUUCAAUCGAACAGUAACUAAAUGCCUCAAUGCCUGUCUGCGUGCUUUAUAUAGCAAACCACAGCCAUGUGACUCACUGUCUGUAGGAGUGAACCAUUUCACAUUUUUUUGUGAACAGGGUGCACCUAAUAAACUGUCCACUAAGUGUAUAUUUCCACACUGAGGCUGGAAAAAUACAGUGAAAAUGAUCGUAAUGCCCUUUUAGUGUAAGAGCUGUUUGAAUAGACCGCCUAAAACAUCAGCCUGUUUUGGUGGGAUGCAGUUUUGGCCUACCUGGUGACAUCACCAGGAGGUAAAUUAGUUAAUAGACCAAUAAGAGUUCCAAACCUCGCUGCCAAUAACAGCUAGUUUUCAGUUUUCCCCUCCCCACUCAGACCAGCCCUAGCUAAGUUCUUGCUUGAAAAUGUGCUAUUUUCUAAGAAGCUAUUUCAGUUUGUUUUCAAUUAAAAUGGUUAAAAAUAAUCACAGUAAGGUACUUAAUUAUUACCCAGAAAUGAUUUGAUAUUGAAGCUUUAAUUUUUCUUUUUUUAAAGGACCAAAUGAAUCACUUUGUUUUUCACUCAUAUGACAGGAGGUUACAAAGGUACGGGAGUCUGACUCAACAAACACUAAUAAAGACACUACAAACACACACAAGCAUGCUCACGGCUACACAUAGACACAUAGAGAGAGAGAGAGAGACUUAUAAAUGAGCUAAUCCCAGGAGGGCGGUUUCUAACUGGUCCCGAAGCAAAGGGGACGACACGUUUCGUGUGUAUAUUUGUUGUUGCUGUUGAGUAAUCUGCAGGCAAUGUUGCUGAACAGAACCAUUUUACAAGAGUGCAGAGCAUGGAUAGGGACAAGACAAAUGACUACAAUAGUCAGGAGAGCUGUCUCUCUUACACACACACACACACACACACACACACUGUUUCAGAGACAGAGAUGCAGGAACACCAAAGCAACUGUGAAUGACAAUCGGUGCAUUUCAAGUGAAUAAUGCAGGAGUUACAUGUAUAUAAAGACCAUAUAAACAGGUAAAAGUCCUCAGCAAUUCACACAGGAAUAAUAUUUUGUCCUUACAAGAGGUAGUGUCAUGACAACCAGUCUUAGAGUUGAGUUGUUGUUGUCGUCAUGGGUUGUUGUCAGGGGAAUGUCUGUCUGUUGUGAGUUGAUGUCUGUUUUCUAGUAAGCUGUUGUUACUCAGUGGUUGGCUCCUUGGAGGUCUGGAACUAGCACAGAUAGUUGAGUGUUUAACUACAUCGGCUAAAUAGUUUGAUCAACCUCCGCUCUAAUACAAAACAUGUACUUUGUAGAUCAUCAGGAAUGAGAUGUUGAUUUCCCGCUAAUCAGAAUGUGUUAAUUAAUCAAACGUAAUACCACUCAGCAGGUAAUCAGCGCCACAGUUAAUGAACACACACACCCUUUGUCUCUCGCAUACACAAGUGAUGAUAAAAAGUGUAAGAGGGAAGAAGAAAACGGGACAGGUGAACUCUUUGAAGAGAUGCGUGAGAUCAUAAACACUGGGGAGGGGUAAGGUGAACUAGUCUGGAAUCAUCAGGACAGGAGGGCGUGGACUGGUGAUCAAGACUAGAACUAUUGACCAUGACCAGUUCUGUAUUGGUUGUUGAGGUCGAGGAGUAUUGGAAAGGAGCGAUAUUGACUGAUUAUUGAUAGUAAUCACGAGAUUAGCUUCGUUGUGUAUUGAUGACUGUGUAAGCUGUCCUGUUGCUAUUGACGACUGUGUCGACGGAUCACUGGGUUCUGAGAGUCUAAUCAGACUCGCUGAUCACAUCAUUGAUUAGGGCAGCAGAAAGAGCGAGAUGUGUGUGACAGGAAACACCUCACUCGCUCUGCCUCCACACACAUAGCCACUCAGGCUAGGAGCAGGAUGUGCUUGAUGUAUAAUGAACAACAGAAAUUAUGGUUUGUGUGUUUUUUUAAUGAUUUCUCUCUGACAGCAGUAGAUGUGUUGGAGGGUCUACUAGAGGAAGAUGACGAGGUGGUGCAGGUGUGGUAUCUCUCAGGCUGGGUGUGUUACCUGCACAUGGAGAGAACAAGGGAGGAGAGAGAGGAGAGCGAUGAGGAGAGAACAAGGGAGGAGAGAGAAGAGCGGGAGGAGUGUGAAGUGUUGAAGGAGGCAGCCAGAUCUUACCUGUCCAAAGCCAAGAAGCUAUACGUGAAGUUGCGCUGUGACGACGGACCCAUACUGGAGCACAUGGAGCAGCUCCUGGUGGAAGUGGGGGGUGAGACAGAGGGGGAGGAGGAGACAGACCCUGCACUGGAUGAAGACUUUGAGCUCUACAGUGACAAUGAGGAAGAGGAUACCAUGUAACAUUGACCUCACCCCUCUCUACCAGUGAUGUAGUGGUGAAACAGUACGUUGGUAACGCUGAGAGUCUUUCGCUGUGAAUAAAGUAAUGCUCUCCAUGUU